AUGUUGGAAAAGGCCUAUGGCGACGUUGUUCUAUCGAAAACAAGAGCAUAUGAAUGGUACAAAGCAUUUAAGGAUGGUCGUGAAGUCGUUGAGGAUUUGCCUCGCUCUGGUCGACCCUCAAAAUCGUCCAAUGAGGAAAAUAUUGAUAAAAUCAAAACAAUGGUUUUAGAAAAUCGCCACCUAAGCUUAAGAGAGAUAGCGCGGGGUGUUAACAUGUCCCAUGAAUCAGUUCGCGGCAUUUUAGUCGAUAUAUUGGGAAUGAGACGUAUAAAUGGCGACGAUAAGUGGAUGUAUGAAAAUGAAAAAGAAACGACCCAACAUAGUUCUGAAUUUUGCAGCGAACACGAGCCGAAACCAAAAAAACCACGACGAAGUCGAUCCGAGAAAUAA